AAAAGUUUAUUUAGUGUCUCACAUUUAGCAGAAAAGACUCAAACAGUACUUUGAAGAAUUUGCUGUCACUGACUAAGGUGCACGCAGGCUGACAACAGAAUGGCCUCAACAGUAUUUUGCAUUUACCUGAGAAAUCGUUUUGACAAGAUCUCUGAGACCCUUCACACCUCAGAGAAAAACAGUAAUAAUGCCUGGACUUACAGGAAAGUGCAUCACUGUGUUACCCUUGUCUGCGAUUGACUUUGCACUCUCCUCAAUCACUUAAUCCUCAGUUUUGUCUCCUUUAUCUCAGCAGUAUUUGCAGCUGAGGGUAUGAGCACAGCUAGGCUUCUGUGUGCAAGCUGUCCUUCUCUGUAUGACAAACUGCAAUGGGAGGCAGAGAGGAUCCUUCCCUCCUGCAUCACACCAGGACGGUACUAGCUGACUUAAUCUUUAACAGUGUAAUUUCCAAAUCUAAAAGUAAUUAUGAGUACAUGCACAACUAAUCAUCUUCUGCCAUACUGCCAAUUAAAUAUUUCCUCAACAAAUAAGAAGUAUACUAAACACACACUGCUGAAACACAUGAUCAAAAUUACUAAUUGUUUUAGGAAGUCCACUACUUCAUUUAUCCAAUUCAGCAAUUAAAAAAAUAACAGAAGAAAAACUCAAGUUAUCUGUAACUCUUUAAGCUGAAUAGAAACUCAAACUCAACUUGCAGCAAUACAGGAAAAGUCAGCCAGGCAAGAAGAGCACUCACUGAAACACAGUACAAGCCCAGAGAUUCAGAGGAAUUGCAUCUCCGAAGAUUCAAUAGCCUUAAGGUAAGUCUCAAGUCUUCUACCCGCUUUCUUCCCCACCACCACUGCAACCUUACUCCUCUUUCAACCCCUCGAUCAUGCAGAGAGGAAAGUCCUUCUCCUUACAGACUAAUACUGUAGAUAAACCACUUCUUUUAAUCUAAACUCAACUCUAUUUCUUGAACUUCACCCAAAGACUAAUCAUUUUCUUCUCAACUAAACGAAACACAUCCUGACCAACCCUGCUAUUAAAAGGAAUUGCCCUUCAUCCCCUGCAUCUCCACAAUAUACGCAUAUAUAAAAAUAGAAAUUUAACUAAUACUUGAAAGAAACUUAUUUCGGUAAUAAGAAAUUUCUGAAAUUAUAUUUUGCUUCACUCUCAGCCUCGUAUAACCAGAAUCGCAAGUUUGGCUUUACAGGUGGAAGAGCUAUUAAUACAACCUCACAAGAACAGCAGUUGUGUUUGUAUAGCACCUCACCAGCACAGUCCUCAAGCGUGAGUUAGGAAACUCUGGGCAUCACUCCAAAAUCAACACAUACACACACGUGUGCGCACACACACAGAAUCAGAUUAAAAUACUUGUGGUUGAAAGGUGACAUGUAAAAAAAUGAGUAAGAAGAUAUUAAACAUGACCUGAUACACUAUUAAGUAUCUCAUUUUUCUAUUUUGUUAAUGUAAGAUUAUUAAAAACCAGAAAGGAUAAUCGGAAACAUCAGAGACAUCACAAUACCAUCGUGACUACCCAGAAUGCAUUGGCUAUCCUUAAUCUAACUUUGCUAAGCAAUGGCCAAAUACACCUUAAAAAUCCCAAACCUUCUCAGUCUUCCACAGAAAGUAAACCAUGCUUACUCAUUAUAACUGAAGUCAUUCACUACAAAGAGGCAUCUGAAAUUUUAUGCAUGAUUUUAUGAACCAAUGCAAAUGUAGGAUUAUCCUUUGGAAUGACUCACCCAAUUAAGCGUUGAUUUUUUUCAUUUAGCUAAAGCAAGAGCUCUUCUGUAGAGCUGUUCUCUAAACUUGACGCAUUUCUAUGAAGUCCGCAAUCAUUCUCUUUCAAAUGUAAUUGGCAAAUCCUUUGUGAAGAAACCAAAAGGAUCAAUAAAAGCAAACUGAGUGCACUUCAGCACUAGCUGACUAUUGGGAGAACUAAACCUGCAUACCUCACAGGGCACAAUCUCUCUGGCUUUUGCUACUUCUAACAUCAGUCAGAUGUUAUCAAAUAUUCUGAUACCUACCCAAACCCCUCACACACACAGUUUUAAUAUUUUCCACGUCUUGGAGACUUCAUAUGUUUAACAACUGGAACUGUUUCUUAUUAAGUGAACGUCAAGAAUUGAACGCGACAUUCUGCUGAACAUUCUUCUAGACUAUAAGUGUUUCAUUUUUCCUGUUGUAUCCAGCCAGGCUGCCCCUUUUAUUCCCAGCAACACAAAUGGAGUUUUAUCAGCCUGAAAGAAUCUUUAUUCUAACUGAAGCCUAGUACUGUAGUAACUUGAAAGCCAUCUUUAGGCAGCAUAGUAAAAAUGUUUGAUUUGUAAUUGCCUGCUGAACUCUUGCACAGGCUGCUGCCAUAUGGUACCCUCCCUUCUGCUGGCAAACAAUCUUUCCUUGUUCUGAACUUCUCAGCCUCCCUACCCCCUCCUUUUCUGGAGGGUAUGGAUAGGAAAUCCGAAGGAGGCGUUUCUUCUGCUCUCAGUGUGUUCGCGGUGACAUCAUAGGUGGGCUGAACGUCUAAGGCGAGUGUGUGUGUGUUUAAAAAAACUGUCCAAAAGUGAUGUAUAUGGAAUCUGGGUCAGCUGUAGCUGGUUAGUGCACUUCUGCAUGUGAAAGUAACACGCUGCAGCUUCAAACACCAUUUCUUUCUCUCUUCUGGAAUAAAAAGUACUGGAACAUUACUUUUUUCCUUUUUUUUUUUUUUUUUCUUUCCAUGAUUAGUUAGCUUGGUUAUCGUAUGGAGAAACCCAGUUCCUCAGUCCAGCUUGGAUGUAGCAGAGAAAGACAAAAGCAGUUUUCAACUCCAGCUGCAGAAUAACAAUCCACAGCAGAGGGUAACAUAGGAAGAAAAAGCAACUUGGCCUCUGGAUUUCCCAUCUACCACAGAAGCAAAACAGCUGGAAGAUUUUUUUCUUGCAGUCAUCCUACUUGCUUCAAAAUGAAGAUAUUUAAAUGGACUUUGGGUGUGCUCCUGUUUCUGCUUCUGUCUAUCGGGCGCUGUACAGAACAAUCUACACCCAGUAAAACAUCCCAGCGGAGGCACCCUCGCUCAACAGAUGGUGGAGAGGAAGGGAAGAAAUGUGGUUACACAUUCUUGGUCCCAGAACAGAAGAUCACAGGGCCAAUUUGUGUGAAUACUAAUGGACCAAGUACUGGCAACAGAAAGGACGAAGUCACACGAAUGGACAUCGAGAACUUGAAGGAUGUGCUGUCCAAGCAAAAGCGAGAGAUUGACAUUUUGCAGCUGGUGGUGGAUGUGGAUGGAAACAUUGUGAAUGAAGUGAAAUUACUGAGGAAAGAAAGUCGUAAUAUGAACUCUCGGGUCACCCAGCUCUAUAUGCAGCUCUUGCAUGAGAUAAUUCGAAAGCGUGAUAACUCACUUGAGCUUUCCCAACUGGAAAACAAAGUCCUUAACGUUACAACAGAAAUGUUGAAGAUGGCAACAAAAUACAAGGAGCUUGAAGUAAAAUAUGCAGCACUAACAGAUCUUGUAAAUAACCAGUCUGUGACUAUCUCGCUGCUGGAAGAGCAGUGCUUGAGAAUCUUCUCACGACAGGACCCCCAUGGGUCUCCCCCUCUUGUUCAAGUUGUGCCACAGCACAUUCCAAACAGCCAGCCAUAUGCUCCUGUUCUUCUGGGAGGCAACGAGAUACAGCGAGACCCAGGUUAUCCCAGAGACAGAGAUGUAAGGCCACCACCCGAUCCAGCUACUUCUCCUACAAAGAGUCCUUUCAGAGUACCACCACUGGCUUUAAUUAAUGAGGGUCCAUUCAAAGACUGCCAACAAGCCAAGGACUCUGGGCAUUCCAACAGCGGGAUUUAUAUGAUCAAACCUGAAAACAGUAAUGAGCCAAUGCAACUGUGGUGUGAAAACAGCCUGGACCCUGGAGGCUGGGCAGUUGUUCAGAAGAGGACAGAUGGAUCUGUCAACUUUUUCAGGAACUGGGACAGUUACAAGAAAGGCUUUGGAAACAUCGAUGGAGAGUACUGGCUGGGACUAGAAAAUAUUUACAUGCUCACCAAUCAGGAUAAUUACAGACUAUUGAUUGAGUUGGAGGACUGGAGCAAUAAGAAAGUCUAUGCAGAGUACAGCAGUUUCCGUCUGGAGCCCGAAAGCGAAUUCUACAGGCUACGCCUAGGAACAUACCAAGGAAACGCAGGCGAUUCCAUGAUAUGGCAUAAUGGAAAGCAAUUCACAACACUGGACAGAGACAGGGAUAUGUAUUCAGGAAACUGUGCUCAUUUUCACAAAGGUGGCUGGUGGUACAACGCUUGUGCCCACUCCAACCUCAACGGGGUGUGGUACCGGGGAGGCCACUACCGCAGCAAGUACCAGGACGGGAUAUUCUGGGCUGAGUACCGGGGAGGCUCCUACUCCUUGAAAUCAGUUCAAAUGAUGAUCAGACCUAUAGACUGAGGAGCGACUCCCACAGUGCUCAAGUGGUCACGUAUUCAACUUCUCAGCACUUGAGUUGCAGAAAAAUAAAAUAUUACUUUUUAAUCAUUAUUUUGCACAAUCUGCCCCUGCAAAAAGCAGGUCUACAGUUUUCCUGUCCCCCUUUUUUCCCCUGUUGUGUUCCCUCCUCCUUUUUUUUUUUUUAGAAAUUUUUUCUACUGUGACAGACGGUGUUUUUUAAACACACAUUCACAAAAGCAGAUGUUUGUGCUUGCAAAGCAUAUUUAUCUUUGUUCAAGUCCAACAUACUUAAUGUAAACAGUCAUUAAAGCUGGUAAAAAAUUCCAGAUGUAUGACAAGAUAUAAGCUUUUUCACUUAAAAAGCUUAUGCUUUUUCAGGUUAGCUCAAUCCUUAAAUGUAAAUAUGUGAAAUUACAUUGUCUUGCCUUAAUGUGAAAAUGGAUUAGUUAUUUAACAAUUUAUUUAAAAAUGUCGGUAUUGCUUUCAAUGAAAAUCUAACUUCACAUUACUGUUUAAGAUUUACUCCAUGAAGUUACACAAAAAACUGAAGACCUUCUAAGCUUUGCCAGCAGAGAGAGUUUUGCAACAAAUAAUUAUUUCAAAAUGAAGCAGUGAAUUAAACAACACACAAAGUUUCUUACUGCUUCAUAAAAUUCCGUAAGAUCUGCAUAACCUACCUUCUGUAAAACACUUAGGCAAAAAUGUUCCUAAUCUAAGAAAAAUAAUUGUACGAAAUAAUGGAUAAGCUUAAGACAACCAAAUUGCUUAGGAUUUUUUUUUUUUUUUUUUACCUUGAACCUCCAUACUCAAACAUCCUAACUAAAUAAAAAUACCUCUUGAUACUUGGAACUUAAAUAGCAAAAUGAAAAGCCCCGAUAUUAAAAUCCUGACCUGACACUUGGAGAUGCCUGCCCUGCUCCAGCUAGGAGCAGUGAGGUCGGAUCAAGCGCUCACACAUGCUAACUUAGAGAAGGACCAAGCCUUCGAAUGCUGGAAGUUUUCCUCCAACACAGCUUUCUGCUGGCAGAGUGAAACACAGAUUAGAUAUGUGCUCUGAGUGUUUUCUCCCUGCCACCGCAAACUUGGGAUUGCUCUUAUAACAUAGAAGUUUCCCUUCCCCUUCACGUAUUCAACUUCUGAUACUGUCUAUAUCAAAUUUCCUACUUCCCAAUAUCAUAUUUCCAUUGGAAUUUAUAUGCAAUUUAAGAAAUUAAUUAGAAAGUACUUUCCCAACCUUUAACAGAAGCCAUACAACAUUCUGCAUCAAAACUAGACAAUUCCAACAGUUGCAAACAACAAAAUAUUUGCUUUAGGUACCACAGCCUCUGACACUGAAGCAUUUUCCCAGCAUGUAAAAUUAUUUACAACUGUACUUAGCCCCACAGCUUACCUAAUUUAACUUGAUAUUACACAAAACCUAAAUAUGCUGUUCUGAACUGUAACCAAGAGAUUUGUUUGGCACCUCCAUAUAUGCCUUCAGGAUAUUAAGGAACUUUGCCCCUGUUAAUAUACUCCUCCCCCAAUAGCUAGAAUAAUCAUCUAGUAUUAUUCCUACGUUAAAUUAGUUGGUACCAAUUGCUGUGCAAAACCUUUUUUGUAAUUCAGAGGAGAGAAAAUAGCAUUCUGCUUUCAAAACAUUCUCUAGAGAAGAUAAAGCUUCAUUGAUAAUAUCUGGCUGCAAGGGCUAUAAUUAAUUCUUUGGUCAGAGAUCAAAGUCAACAAGUUUCAACAAUAUUUAAUUGCGGUUGGUGGGGGUGGGUGAAGAGGUGGGGAAUCAUACCCAGCAUAUUCCAUUACUCAUUUCCAAGAAUUUUAACCAACAAAAUAGUUACGAUCACAAUUCUGAAAUUGUUCUUCAUAUAAAGAAUACUUGUUUGUUACAAUUAUCAUACAGACCUCAUUGAUUGAGUGUUCUAUAAAAUGAUUUUUAAUUGUAAAUGCUUCACUUUCAGACUAUGUGUAGUCUAUCCUUUUUUUCUAUGGCAGCUGGAUAGAAAAGCAGUUCAGGUAAAUUUGAAAGCUGAAAAUGUCCUCCAAAACAUUCUUUUAACGAACACUUCUGACAGCUUUGGUUCAUUCAAGCUGGAAGAUAUUUUACCACAAGAAUCUCUGGCUUGCUACAAGACCAGUGUUUGUUUAUUCAGUGCAGCCAGUGAAAUGUGUAUUUUGCAGAACCCUCUAAGUAAAAUUAGCUUGCACUCAGCCUUUAAAUUAGAUCUUACAUAUUGGACAUCUAGAAAGUAAGUCUUCCCCAAUUUAAAGCUGCAGGAGGAUCUUAACUAAACAUUACAAAAUGUACUCAGAAAGCUCUGGCUGUAUAAAUGCUGUGCUCUGAAAGGACAAACUUCAAAUUAAAGUUGCCGAUUUAAGACUAUGGGGAGGGAAAGCUCAGCUUGUAACUAUCAGUUCUCAGCGUUUGAGUUGAAUUUUCUAAGCAGGGUAAAAGAGGUUGUAGCAUCCCUCGAGCUCACUGCACUGGAUGUUCAGAAGCAGUCUGUCUGCAAAGGAUACAGCUUUCACCAUUCCUGUGCUAUGAGUCUGAAUUUAAUCAAGCAGGCCUUGAAAAAGUCUAACCUGUACUAAACCUGAAACACUUUUCACCUAUAUUUCCAAAGUCUAUUAUAAGCAUUAUCACCAAAGUAGCUGAAUAUUCAUCAGAUGAAUACUUCAAUAACCUAUUUUCAGCUUUUUUCUUUCUGGAUAUACUUCCUGAAAGACAGCUAUAAAAAUGUUUCAUGACGUAGUACUGCUUAGUUAAAUA